AUGCCCCUCUACACUUCCCCCCCCCCCGAACGAGAUUUGCUGACCAGAAGACUCAGGAACGAAAGACAGCGCGCUCGCAACCGACCUCGGUCGUCGUCCGCAUCGCAACGCACCGAGACCGUCGUCGAGUGCACCAUCAUCACCGUGAUCCUGCGACGUCCCAGCCAGCAGUACGGCACCACCCAGGCCCCGACGCGAGCUCCAGGCUCGCCGCCUUCUUACGAGGACGUCUUCCAGUGGGAGGCGGAGACGAGUGUCGCCGAAAACAGGCCGCAGCAGCAGCAGCAGCAGCAGCAGAGGGAGACGAAUGCAACGCCGCGACGAGGGGCGGCGACGGCGACGCUUCCCAUCCACAUUAAGAAGGCGUAA